AUGACCUUAAGAGGAAUCACAUGAUAUGAAAAUGGCUUCUACCGCUACGUUUCUUGUUGGUCUCAGUCUCAUCAUUACAUUUUAUCAUGUCAGUUGCUAUCCAGAUAAUAUGACAACCCCGCCAAAAUAUACAAUUAAUUUAGACCUACCAGAAGAGGAGAGAUGGAUUAAAGUCUCCAAGGAUCACAAAGAAAUAGUGCCAGAUGUGUAUAACGUCUUUAUGUCAUUCCUGGGAAAGUUCCCAUUUGCCAAUUUGACAGUGAAGGCAAUAGAAGCUGUGGCAGCAGACAUUGAUAACUAUCUCCCAAAGCCUUAUGCAGGAGAAAUGAGAGGUAUAGCAAAGGCUCUCAAUAUGGACCUUGGUGGCAUUGUGGGAAUGAACAUUCUUUAUGAUGUCACAGCGUUUUGCACAAGCAUUGUUACCCAAGAUGCAAGUGGACAGAUUUGGCACUCUCGUAACCUUGACUACAGCUUUGUUGACAUGCUGCGAAAUAUCACAAUACAAGUGGACUUCAUAAAAAAUAAUCAGACAGUAUACAGUGGUGUGACCUAUGCUGGGUAUGUAGGGCUAAUCACGGGAAUGCGACCUAAAGCUUUUACCAUGACACUGGAUGAGAGAGACCAGGGAGCUUGGUGGGAGAAUUUUAUCAUUGCUUUACUAGAUAGGAAAGCCAUGCCCAUCAGCUUCUUAAUGCGAGAUACUGUGGCAGAGUGUACUAACUUUAAGGACGCUGUAGACAAAAUGGCCUACACUACCACCGAGGCCUCGGGGUACAUUAUCAUUGGAGGAGUCCAGAAGGGAGAGGGUAUGAUCAUCACCAAAGGGAGGAUUGGUCCUGUAGAUCUGUGGAAACUGGACCCCGAAAAUGGAAGAUGGUUUGAAGUGGAAACUAACUAUGACCAUUGGGUUCCCCCUCCAAGCAGUGAUAAUAGAAGAGACCCAGCUGUUAAUCUGAUGAAUAAGAUAGGACCCAAAAAUAUAACCGUGGAAACGCUGAUGUCCGUGAUGUCACUUCCUCCUGUGCUCAACAAAAAAACUACUUACACUAUUGUGAUGUCUGCCGCUAAACCUGAGCUGACAGUUGUGUAUGUUCGUCACUACAAUGGCUAAUUAUCUAUGAAGACAAAGCCCACUACGAUUCAGCAUUAUAGCGAUUAUUAUUUUACAAUGUAUAAAGAGUGAAAUACAAGGAUUAAGCAAUGUGCUCUCAAACAACAUAUCAUUUAAACAAAUACUCAUGUUUUAAUAUACAU